GGAAGCAGCUGGACCUACUUGAGCAGAGGACCCAUGGCUGAACACUUUAAGGAAGCAAGUAGAUGUAUGGUUUGCCUGAAUUAUCUUGAAAACCCCAUGUACCUGAAAUGUGGAUAUGUCUGCUGCUUCCAGUGCCUCGAUUCACUGCAGAAGGAGGCUGAUGGGGAAGGUUUAUUGUGCCCCAACUGCUCUGUGGUCUCACAGAAGGAUGACCUCAGGCGCGCUCUCAAGCUCGGAGCUCUGGUUUCAAAGGUUAAGGAGUUAGAGCCCCAGCUGAGAGCUGUUCUCCAGAUGAACCCAAGGAUGCGGAAGUUCCACGUGGAUGUGACCUUGGAUGUUGACACAGCCAACAAGUACCUCAUCAUUUCCGAGGACCUGAAAACUGUCCGUUGUGGGUUUUUCAAGCAGAAGAAGAGGUCCCGACCUGAGAGAUUCAGCCGUACAACUUGUGUCCUGGGAUUCCCUCUGUUCACCUCUGGCCGCCAUUACUGGGAGGUGGACUUGGGGUCCAGCCACGAAUGGGAUGUGGGCGUUUGCAAAGAAUCUGUGCGUCGACGAGGGAAGACUCAACUGGCUCCAGAUCUUGGCUUCUGGACUGUGUGUUUGAGAAAUGGAGAUGCCUUCUCCGCCCACACUGUGCCUUCCACUGUUCUCAAGGUCAGCCCCAGGUUACAUCGAGUGGGGAUUUUCCUGGAUAUGAAUAUUGGGAUUGUUUCCUUUUAUCACGUUGGUGAUGGAUCCCAUAUUUUUACAUUCACUAAAGUUUCUGCUGGGGAGUCACUGCGUCCAUUUUUUUCUCCUGCAUAUCCGACUGAGGAUGAUCAAAGCUUCCUGAGAAUCUGUCCUUUGAUGAGUCUAGGCACUGAUGGCUCCCUGUGGAAUCCAGGGCAAAGUACAUGAAACUCUGACUACGGAAACAUGGAUGGAAAAUUCUUGUGUACAACAUAGCUGUGGAUGGGAAUGUUCCUGUUUCUACGCAUAUGGUACAAAAGUGUAGCAGAAAAUUAUGGAACAAUUCAUGAAUCAUUAACACAAAUUGU